AUGAACUCGUCAAAUAAGCCCAUAAUUGUCAAUCUAGAAAUCGGUGAUCAACUCACAGCCAUCUCAUGUGGUCAUAUCAUUGUGGAGCUAGUGAAGUUCAUAACAUAUCAGAGACUGCAAAUACCAUACACGUAUCAAUGGUUAAAACAAGUGGUAAACAGAAAAAGGGCAUGUGUAGACGAAGACACGAAGGAUAGUUUUCAAUCUCAAAUACAUUUUCGUACUGUAUCUACAGCACUAGAAAAUUUGGAUUUUAUAUUAAAGAGUCUCCAGCAAGAGAUCAACAGCCCAUCGUUGCCCGAUGAAGUGUGUAUAGCCCUUGGAGCUACACCAGUGACUUGUAAAGAAGUGUACAGAGUCCUCUUGCCAAUGGUGUGUCAUAAGCCUCAAUGCCAUUCCACACAAAUUGCUAAUGAUCAAAAAAUUCAUAACAGUGUUUUUAGGACUCUGGUGACAUCGGAGAAAUUGAGUCAUGUUUUCUUUAACCAAAUUGCACCAACAAAUUUGUAUGUUUUUAUAAAGAAAAAAGUGCUAGGGCACCUAGACAACAUUAUGAAUAGUGAUAAUUUUGUGUUCACUAGUGGAUGUCGAAUACCACGCAACUGCAAAAUAAUUGUGAUAGAUUUAAGAACAAAAGCUUUGGACAAAAUCACGUGUUGUAAUGAAUUUAAUGUAUUUGGUGAUAUUGUUAACGACGAUCUAAACAAUUUGCAGUUAGAAGAUACAGAUGAAAAUGAUGUGUACCAUGAGAUUGAGUCGAACGAUAAUUUGAAAUGGUAUCAAUCAUCAUAUGUGAUGAAAGGGUUCAAGGACUGCAUUGUAAAUGGAAGUUCCAUUACUAAUUCAUGGCUCAAUUCCUAA